GAGGGCAACUCCCAGGAUCCCAAGUGGUGCUACAAAGGGCGGGAGAGGAGGCGCGUCCCUCCAAGACGGCGAGAUGGAUAUCUGCGCCUCGCAGUUCGAGGAGAGGCUGCCCGAGUUGCAGGAGCUCCUCUCGGGAUGCGAUUUUGUCGGAGAGGUGGGAGCAUUUGGAAGGCUGGACAAGUUUUCUAUUGAAGAAAGUCAAGGAAAGAAGAUUUAAAGCAGGGAUCUGUUGGAGCAGGUCUUGACAUGGAAUUCACAGGUUUACGUUCAGUCCUACCAGAUAGACAGCCCAGUUUCUUUGAUUCACCUGCCGAGUGGUAUCAGAAAGCCAGGCAGAGUAUUCAGCAGUUUACAGUGAGUCAGCUUGGCUUGUCGAUAUUUUGUCGUGAAACAUCAACUAAGUAUGUGGCCCAUUCAUAUAACUUUUUCCUCUUCCCUACAACAUUUGGCCAGAUUGAUUCAGAGUUGUCUUUCCAAGCAUCAAGCAUCCAGUUUCUAUCUCACUAUGGUUUUGACUUUAAUAAGUUUCUUAAAGAUGGAAUUCCAUACAUGAAUGAAACACAGGAGAAAAAAAUGGAACAUCUUGUACCUGGUAGUUGGAUGGUCCGUAGUGGUUUUGGCAAAGAUAAGCUGAAGAAGGUAAUUGAAGAAGUUACUUGCUGGGUAUCUUCAGCAGAAGAGAAAGAUUCCAUGGUUCUACAUGAUCUGUAUGACUUUCAGAUGUUUGAAGUACAGCUGAUUUUAAGACAAGCUAUUAAAGAUAUUUGGACUAUCCCUUUAGGAGAUCAUAAAGUGCUGGUGAAAAAGAUGAAUCCACACCAGCGUUGGCUGCUGGAGAACACUUCUUAUGACUCUUGUCAAAAAGAGCAAAUUAUUUUGUGUGCAAAGGGCUUUACCAAUCUUUUCCAGGCACUUGUUAAAGCCAAAAAGCCGCUGGUGGGACACAAUAUGAUGAUGGAUCUUUUGCAUCUGCAUGAGAAAUUUUACAAUCCACUUCCUGAGAACUAUGAAGAGUUUAAAAAGAACAUGCACACUCUGUUUCCCAUCAUCUUGGACACAAAAAAUAUUUCAAAGUCCAUUUGGAAGGAAUUUCAGUUUCCUCAAGCUUCUAGCCUUUCGGAAGUUUAUGAAGAGCUUUGCAGUGUCAUAAAUACAACAAACCAGUCUUGUCCAGAAAUCUUUCACGCAAGGGAUUGCCUCAGAUACACCACAAAGAUGUGUCUCCAUGAAGCAGCGUAUGAUGCAUUCCUCUGCGGAUCAGUUCUUCUUAAAAUUGCUCAUUUGCUCUUUUGCAACAUUUCUUGUGAUAACACAAGGGCUGCCUCCUAUUUUUCCCAGUACCUCGACGUUUUAUCUACAUAUGUGAAUCAGGUGAACCUUAUCCGAGCUAGUAUUCAGAAAAUUAAUUUUUCUGGCCUGGAUGACCAUACAAAACACCUCCCGCUUCUGAUAGCUAAUGUACGAAGAUGGCCUGGAGUGAAUGAAGAGCAAAUCCAUCGAGAGUUAGGAAUCUUCUGCAGGUUUGAUGUGCGGCGGCUAAGAAUGAACCAGUUUCUCUUGCUGUCCAAUAGACUUAGAAACAUCAGGAUGGUGCUGGAAGAAUAUAAAACCCAUCCCAACCUACAGAUUUCUCUCUAUUACUACUGGAGGCAUGCCCCAGAAGUGAACUGUUUCCUCCAAAUUUGUGGCAUUGUUGUGUCUUGGUCUUUGCUAGCCUUCUUCCUUGGCGGCUCCUCCAGUUGUGCUGUGUGACAGAUCAUCUAUUGGAAACAUGUUUUCUUUAUGCAGCUUCACCUUUCCCAUCCCCCCCUCAUAAAUCAUAUGUGGAUUAAAAUAAUUUGUAUUUAUGUUGUCUUAAACCUUAGUUCCUAGAAUAGGAAGAGAGUAGGGAGGGCAGACGACUGUCAGGCAAUACAUAGGGAGAGAGGAUGAGCAUUGCUCAUGAUUUUGCUGGGAGACAGAAUUAGCAUCCACUCUCCCAUGCAGUUACAUCUUUACUACUGUAGGAGGGGAAAUCCCAAAAUAAUCUGGGGACCCCAGGUUGAAAACCACUGCUCUAAACCUUAUAUCUGAACAAAUGUAGAUGAAUGUGAGUAAACAUGCAUAAGGGUGAGCUGCAACAGAGAUGUGGGAAUUGAUGUGCAUGGCCUUUCCAUAAAACAUAAGUGAAGCAACAUACUGUAUAAUACAAACCACCCUCGUACUGGAACAAAGUCUAGCUGGCUGCGAGAUUAUGGGAGGUGUAAUUCAGUGCAUCUUAAGGAAAACAUGUGUAUCCAUAUGUUACAGCACUAGCUGCAAAUAUAGAUUUGUCAACGUAAGGUAAUAGGAAUUCAUGUGAAACCUAGUUCUGUGAAUGACUGACUAUUUUUUGGAACUGCAGGGUAAUAAAAAUGUCAAAAAAAACUUCCAAA